AUGAUGCUCUUGAAGUUGGAGAAGGCGCCAGCUCCCGAUCCGGCUCCACCCCGCACCAGCCGCGCCGGGGGAGUCGAUCUGCUGGACCACGGUCCAACGCAGGCCGAGGAAAUCGCCAUCAGUUGGCCGCGGAUCACCGCCUUCGCCGAAUCGCACCGGAGGAGGGGGUUGGUGUCCGAUGAUGGGUUGUUGAGUGAGAACGAAGAGGAAGACCCACCAUCGGGCGAGCUGGAGAAGGUGGAUGCCGAGGGGACGCCGGCGGGGAAGCCCAAAGGGACCAGCCCCACCGGUGGAGAGGGGACAAAGCCCGGUGACGGUCCCCAAAAACCGGAGAACCAGCCCAGAAAGCCAUCGGGCAAGCGACAGGGUAAAUCGGGCCACCGAGGCUUCAAGAAAUUCCCCCCGCGGAGCUUGCUCGGCCACGGCCGCUGCCACGACUGCGGCAAAGCUUUGGCUUUCGGUUCAGCCUUCAACAAACGCCGGCGAGGGACCGAACGACCCCACAAAUGCCCCGAAUGCGGGAAAUGUUUUCGGCUCAGCUCAACCCUCAUCACCCAUCAACGCCGGCACGCCGGCGACAAACCCUACAAGUGCCCCGACUGCGGCAAAACCUUCAGCGUUGGCUCAGCGUUCAUCCAGCAUCAACGGGUGCAUGCCGGCACUGGUGCCGGCGCGGCGCCUUGCCAAUGCGGCGUCUGCGGGAAGAGUUUCUCGGCCAGUGCCAGUUUGGUGAAGCACCAAAAAUUACACCUGGAGGAAAAACCCUACAAAUGUGGGGAUUGCGGGAAGGGUUUCAACUGGAAUUCGCAUCUGGAGCGGCAUCGCCGGAUCCACACCGGCGAAAAGCCCUAUGCCUGUCCCGAAUGCGGUAAGAGCUUCAGCUGGAGCUCCCACCUCGACCGGCAUCGCCGUACCCACGCCGUCGCCGGCGAACCCACUUGCCGUUGCGCCGACUGCGGUCACUGCCCGGCUCCUCGUGGCGCCGAAGGCUCCAAAACCGCCGAGAAGCCCUUGCAGUGCAGUGAAUGCGGGAAGGGCUUCACCAAGAGCGCGGCGUUGACCAAGCACCGGCGCGCCCACGCCGGCGAGAAGCCCUACAAGUGCGGGGAGUGCGGGAAGGGUUUCGGCUUGAACACCGCGUUGCUGCAGCAUCAACGGAGCCACGCUGCCGGCAAACCCUACCAAUGCGGUGAUUGCGGUAAGAGCUUUGCCUGGAGCUCCCAUCUUGACCGGCAUCGGCGUAUCCAUAUGGGUGAGAAACCCUACCGCUGCGGGGAUUGCGGGAAGAGCUUCUCCCAGAGUUCCCACUUGGAGAGGCACCAACGCGUCCACGCCGGCGCCGAGCAGCCCUGCCAAUGCACCGAUUGCGGUAAGAGCUUCUUGGCCUCCAACAAGCGCCGGCGGCUGUUGGCCGGCACCGCUGAACGACCCUGUAAGUGCACCGAUUGUGGGAAGAGCUUUCUUUGGGGUGCCCGUGCCCGACCGACACCGGAGAGGACCCAUAAGUGCAGCGAGUGUGGGAAGAGCUUCACUUACCGGGCGGAGAACGUCAAGCACCAGGGGACGCAGACGGGGGAGAAACCCUACACCUGCCCCGAAUGUGGCAAGAGCUUCGGGCAAAAUUCGGCGUUGGUGAAGCAUCGCCGGAUGCAUACGGGAGAAAAGCCCUACAAGUGCGGCGACUGCGGGAAGAGCUUCAGCGUCCGCUCCAACCUCAUCAAGCAUCAACGGACCCACCUUGGCGAGAAGCCCUACAAGUGUCCCGACUGCGGGAAGGGUUUCAUCCAGAAGUCGGACCUCACCAAGCACCGCCGGAUGCACACCGGGGAGAAACCCUACAAGUGCAACGUCUGCGGUAAAUGCUUCAGCGUCUCCUCCAACCUCAUCAAGCACCAACGCAUCCACCUCGGCGAGAAGCCCUACCAGUGCUCCGAGUGCGGCAAGAGCUUCAUCCAACGCUCCGAGCUCACCAUCCACCAACGUGUCCACACCGGCGAGAAGCCCUACAAGUGUCCCGAGUGCGGCAAGUGCUUCAGCCGUAGCUCCCACCUCAACCGCCACCAACGCACCCACGCC